CGCAUGGUGCUGGCGGGGCCGCCAUUGGCGGGGGGGACGCGCGGCGCAUGGCGGGUGCGGGGCCGCCCGCUGCCCGCUUCGAGCGGCGAGUGCUGCGGAGCGCCGCCGAGCACCACUACCUGCGCGUCCGGCUGGAGCUGCCGGACGGCGUGGCCCGGCCCAGCGUCGCGCAGUUCAAGCAGCUGGUGGUGUCUGCGCUGAGGGAGCUUCAUGGAGAGGUUGGAGCAGCUUUGCCUGUUGAUGUCUUAACGUAUGAGGAAAAGACUCUUUCUGCCAUCUUGAGAGUUAUUAGCAGUGGCUUCGUCAAGCUGUGGAGUGCUCUAACAUUGCUGGGCUGCUACCAGAACAGGAGGUGUGCCUUUCGAGUGCUGCAGACAUCUCCAUUCCUUCUUGCAUUAGCUGGCAACAGUAGAGAACUAGUCUUGGACUGAAUGCAGUUGCUGGUGUGGUUGUACAAAGCAG